AUGACAGAAUCUUCAUUUGGCAAGAACAGGCUCAUUGAUGUUUAUGGGAAAUGCGGAUUUUUGGAAGACGCGUGCAAGGUGUUUCAUCAUAUGCUGCACAGAAACACUUUCAGUUGGAAUGCGGUUUUAAGUGCUUUGACAAAGUGUGGUGCUCUUGAUGCGGCUUUGAGCUUGUUUAAGUGUAUGCCUGAGCUUGAUCAGUGUUCUUGGAAUUCUAUGGUGUCUGGUUUUGCUCAAAGGGAUUGUUUUGAGGAAGCAUUGAGAUUCUUUGUUGAUAUGCAUAAUGAGGAUUUUGUGUCUUGUUACUCGUUGGAUGUUUAUAUGGGUUCUGCUCUAGUUGAUAUGUACUCGAAGUGUGGGGUGGUGGAGAGUGCUCAGGGAGCUUUUGAUGAUAUGGGUGUGAGUAAUGUAGUUUCGUGGAACAGUUUGAUUACAUACUAUGAGCAAAAUGGUCAUGCUGGUAAAGCUUUAGGGUUUUUUGUGGGGUUGAGCCUGAUGAGAAUACUUUGGCUAGUGUGGUUAGUGCUUGUUCAAGCUUAUCCACAAUGA